GAAGCCGCCGGCGACUCUCCCCAAGAGCAACGUGACUGACACCAACUCCAAUUCGGGAGGGAGGAGGGAGCCAGGCGAAGGGCAGGCGGGAGGAGGGUGCUAGUGGCCGCACAAGGAUUUGCCUUGCAGAGGACUAGCGCCCAGGGCACCCUAGCAGAAUGGCAGAGAUGCAGGGACUGAUAGAAAGACUGGAGCAAGCAGUCUGCAGACUGGAGUUGCUAUCUGCAGAGUCCCAUAGGCCUCCUGACAACUAUGGGGAAAUUAACGGUGUCAUCGGAGGUGUGGCACCCUCCGUGGAAGCUUUUGAUAAAUUUCUGAACAGCAUGGUGGCUGAAUUUUUAAAGAAGAGUAGGAUCCUUGCUGGGGACGUGGGAACUCAUGCAGAAAUGGUGCACAGUGCUUUCCAGGCCCAGAGGGUUUUCUUAUUGAUGGCCUCUCAGUACCAACAGCCCCAAGAGAACGAUGUAGCUGCCCUUCUGAAACCAAUAUCGGAAAAGAUUCAAGAAAUUCAAACUUUCAGAGAGAGAAACCGGGGGAGUGAAAUGUUUAAUCAUCUCUCAGCCGUCAGUGAAAGCAUCCCUGCAUUAGGGUGGAUCGCCGUGUCCCCCAAACCUGGUCCUUAUGUCAAGGAGAUGAAUGAUGCUGCCACCUUUUAUACUAACAGGGUCUUAAAGGACUACAAGCACAGUGAUUUGCGCCAUGUGGAUUGGGUGAAGUCUUAUUUGAACAUUUGGAGUGAGCUUCAAGCAUACAUCAAAGAGCACCACACCACAGGCCUUACUUGGAGCAAAACAGGUCCAGUAGCAUCAACUACAUCUGCUCUCUUCCCUGGACCUGCCCUUCCUCCACCUCCUCCUCCUCCACCUCCUCCAGGACCACCUCCACUUUUUGAGAAUGAAGGCAGAAAACAGGAGUCCUCUCCUUCUCGCUCUGCUUUAUUUGCUCAACUUAAUCAAGGAGAAGGGAUUACAAAAGGGCUCCGACAUGUCACAGAUGACCAGAAGACUUACAAGAAUCCUAGCCUACGGGCUCACUCUCCAGCUAAAAGCCAUGCUCCUGGUCCCAAGGCCCUGCAAUCUCAUCCUUCUCAGAAACAUGCUCCUGUAUUGGAAUUGGAAGGGAAAAAAUGGAGAGUAGAGCAUCAUGAGGACAGGAAUGACCUUGUGAUUUCAGAGACUGAACUGAAACAAGUGGUGUACAUUUUUAAAUGCAACGAGUCUACUCUACAGAUAAAAGGAAAAAUAAAUUCCAUUACAAUCGACAACUGUAAAAAGUUUGGCCUUGUGUUUGACAAUGUGGUGGGCAUUGUAGAUGUGAUUAACUCCAAGGACAUUCAAAUGCAGGUUAUAGGGAAAGUGCCAACAAUUUCCAUUAAUAAAACAGAAGGUUGCCACAUAUACCUCAGUGAAGAGUCAUUAGACUGUGAAAUUGUGAGUGCCAAGUCAUCUGAAAUGAAUAUACUUAUUCCUCAGGAUGGGGAUUAUAGAGAAUUUCCUGUUCCUGAACAGUACAAAACGGCAUGGGAUGGGUCCAAGCUCGUCACUGAACCUGCAGAAAUUAUGGCCUAACUUCUAGAGCCUGAACCCCCUGACAUGAAUCCACUCAUCAAAAAGGAAAGAAAAAAAGAAGAGAAAAGAAAAGGAGGAGUGAAAAAGCAGCAUUAAAGGCCUAGAAGUUGCAGUAACAUCUACUGCUUUACUAUUGGCCUCCCAACAAUUCCGUGAUAGAAACAGCAUCCUUUCUGGCACGCUUUCCUGGGCAUUUUGAAAUAUUGAACAUUUCUUCAUAACUAUCUUUGUAUGUUAUUUGAGUUCCACAUACUGACUUGCAAGCAUUACAUACUUAAAAAGGGGUCGGGGGGGGGGGACCCUGUUCUCAUAUCAUUAACACUAUAGCUGACAGAAUAUUGCAUGAUUCAUUUUUGUAUUUGUGUUUAAUUGCUAGAUGAAAAAUAAAACCUUCAAGAAGAACCUAAGAUUCUUUUUACCUUUUAGGCAAUUUCAAUAUGAUGUAGCUGUGAUAUACACUGAAAAAAAGUGUGAUUUUUUUCCCCUUAUUUUUGCCAUAUCAAUGUAGUAGAAACACUGUCAUUGUAAACACAUAGUUCAACUCAUCUUUUAAAAGGUAUUUUUUGAAAAUUCAUACAAGAGCCAUAUUCAAUUUCUGGUCCUUGGAAGGUCCGUACACUUUAGACAUAGUAAAAAGAAAAAUUUAGUGAUUGCUCUUAAAUAUUUUUCAGUAAUGUCACUUGGAAAACUUCAUUUUAUGCAUAAAUAUUUUUGUGCCAAAAGUUUGAUGAGAAGAAGUAGGAUUUUUGUUUCUUUGCUAUAAGGCCUCCCAAUGUUGUUCUAGGAUCAAAUUACAUUUUUUUCCCAAUUUUGAACCUAUUAAAUACACAUGCCUUGUACAAGAUGUCUUUGAUGCUUAUUAAGACUGUUUGCUUCUUUUCCACUUACAGGGUUUAUUUAUCAAUCUCAAAAAAUGACCAUGAAAGAGCCAUAGAUGUAUCAUGUCUUCUAAAACGUAAGGAAUUAUUUGUUGGUUUAACUUGCUGCUCUUAUUUUAUAGUGUUGAUAGUAGCUGCCUUUUUAGCACAAGAAUACAAUGAUAUUCCUUUGUAUCUUUUUAGUACAUAGUGCUGAGAAAUCGGCAUCUCCUUGAUGACAUGCAAUGAAUUGUAGUAUAAUGCUUGCAUAUCCCGUACAAGCAUAUACAUUGUGCCUAAAAUAUCCCUUUGAAAUACAUGAUUUCCAGUUUGUUUGUUUUUUUAAAUCUUCUGUAGCCAUAUAGCUCAAGUUACAAAUGCUAUUGUACCAAGGUUUUGCUAACAGAGUUUUGUCCUUAUGAAUAAUGUUGUGGCUUUAAUAAAUAGCUUUUUCCUUCCAACUGUAAAAGUUAUUCUGAAUAAAGUAAAAUUCUAAUUGUU